UUGAUAGUGGAAUUAAAAAGUUCCAUUCCAGCUCACCUGUUCAUGUAUUAGUAUUAAUUAUAAUAGUAAACUUUAAGUAUUACUUAUACUGACCUUGUUUUCUUUAUUUCAGUCCACCAGUCCAACAAUGCUAGUCACCACCCCUAAACCAUUCUAGUCCAAUCCUCACUCUAAGUCCUUCAACCUUCUCUUAACCUCAUUCCUCUCAGAAUGUCAGAAUCCACCCCCAUCUGCAGAUGCAGGGUCCUCUACUUGGGAUCCAGCGUACCUCAGCAGACCAAAGACGGCCUCCAAGGCAUUCAAGAGCCUUUACAGGAGCUCUAUCCCGAUCAAGGAGCCACUGGAGCAAAAGGAAUUGACUCAUGGUUGAGCGUUUGGUCUAACGGUAUCCUUCUGGAAAACGUUGAUGAGAAUCAUAAGAAAAUAACUAGGUUUUUUCCAAUUGAGAGUCUGCACUACUGUGCAGCUGUAAGAUAUGUUCUAGUCCCAGAAAAAAAUACCCUUCACAGUCCGAACCCCAGGUUUCUUCCUUUGGACUCGCCGUUCGCACGAACGCCCAAUCCGACGCACCCCCCACUCUUCGCGGCCAUUUUAAGAAGAACGACUGGAAUUAAAGUACUAGAGUGCCACGCUUUCAUAUGCAAAAGAGAAGUCGCAGCCAAUGCGUUAGUCCGAUGCUGUUUCCACGCCUACGCUGAUUCCUCGUACGCCAAGCAAGUGGAUACCGCAGGGAGCAUAUACGGGACCCUCGCGUCGGAACGGUUAACGAGUAAAGAAAAGAUAGACGAAUGGAAAAUGAGCAGAUCACAAUCUGGUUCAACGAUGACCUUAAAUACGAUAACUAACAAUCAAAAUCACAAUCAUAAUCAUAGUAGUAAAGACGAUAUUAGUAUAUACAAUGGCGAUGAGAAUCAUAAGGUAUGGGCAGGAUCGCAAGACAACCUCGAUGGCAUUUACGACGUAUACUCCACUAGUACAAUCUCCAGACCAUCCCGACCCAGGCAAAUAUCUCAACCAGUAGCAGUUCCCCCUCCUCCCAUGAAAGAGAAGAAAAAGAAGAACAAGGUGAAGAGUCUUGGCGGAUCAAGAGAAGAUCUAUACAAUCCGAUGAUGAACGGAAGGCCUAGCAGCGUAACUGGAUCCAUGGUGAAAAUGAGACAAAUGCCUCCACAGAUGGGCGUACCUCCACCACAACCUAUUUACAUCAUGGCUCCUCAUCCUGGGACGUUGCCCAAUCCUAAAUUUUUUAAGCAUCACGGUAAUACAUUUUCACACAGACCUAGAAACAAAGUACUUAUCCCAGCUCGACCUAUACCCCCACCACUAGUUCCAGUCGCACCGAUGAUUAUCCCAACUACUAUGUCUAAAAGUAAGAAGAAGCAAAAACAUGUCGAGGAACCCAUAUAUAUGCCAAGCAAUAGAGCUUUAAGUCCAGUGGCAAGUUAUCAACCUGUGAAUUUUCCCCAUGAAGCCUAUUUAAUGCAACAAUAUGCUACUAUGGAAUCACAGGCAAGUAAUUUGGGCCCCAUAAGUUUUAGUGGAAAGCAGAGGAAAAAAGAGAAAAAUUCGGAAAAGGCCAAAAUGAAUAAAAAGCUCGCGCAAAGCAUGAAUGGCUUGGAUGAUCCUAACAUCAUCAAUAACAACGACGAGAGUCCUUUCAACACUGGGAUAUACAAGAAAAAGGGUCACCUGAAUGAAAGAGCCUUUUCGUACUCCAUAAGACAAGAACAUAGGAGUAGAAGUUACGGAAGUUUGGCGAAUUUAAAGUUUGCUUCUCCUAUACCAAACGGACACGACGAAGACAGAGAAGAUAUAAAAAAAGAACGGGAAAUAAUGCAAAUGGUUCACGACUUGGAUCUUUCUGGAGACGAGCUAGAACGGUCUGAAGUCCCUAGAGGAAUGUACGAAGCAAGAGCGGGACCACCGGGACCCGUCAUAGUAACAGCUCCGCAGGUCAAUGGAAGAGGCCACAGGAGAUAAGAUUGAAAAUUGUAACUCUACUAUUUGGACCCUGAAUUUUUCCCUGCCAUAUCAAUUGAAUUGACAACAAAUUUCCUCAACAGCUGCACGCCAAGUAAAUCCGUCAAUGAAGCACCUAUUUGUAAUUUUUGGAAAUCCGAAAGUCUCUGAAAAAAAUCCACCACUUUCCGAUAAAAACAUUUUAGUACUUUUGUUUGCAACGGACAUUUUUUUAUUUAUUCAUGCUUUUAUAAAGUAUGCUGCAUAUAUACAACAUAUUAAAGAAUUUCGACAAAUAUGGCAAUAUGGCAGAUAUGUUCAAAAUGUUAACAAAGUUUUAUUGUUAUCACACAAAUUAGAAAGUGGCCUAAGCAUUUUUCACAAUACCUCAAUAUGAAAAUUAUAUUUUCUAUAUAAAAAGGUCAUUUUAUAUGUCAUAGAUAGACAUAAUAAUAUAUACCGUAUGAUAUUAUUCCCGGUCCACUUUUUUAAAUAAUAAAAUUUUACGGUUUUUUUGACUUUUUUAUGUAUAGUUACAACUGUUUUUAUAUUUUUAAUAGUAGUUAUUGUAAAUAACGUUUUUUAACAUUAAUGUAUUUAAUCAUGGUAUUUUUAUAUUUAAAAAAAAUCCAAAUUUGCUCAAAUAAUCAACGAUAUGAAAAUAUAUAGGUAUUUUUUUUUUAAAUAACGAUUAUGAAAGAGAAUAAUAUAUCUGAAUCAGAAAUGUAGAAGAUUAUAUAUUGUGUGACUAAAAAGUAUUGCUCUGUAUGUUAUUAUCGAUACUCAGAAAUAAGUAUGAACUAAGUUCAUUUUCACCUUUUUUGUCUGUUUACGAUAGAGAUGGUAAUAUGAAAGUAAUUAAAGUAAUUCGUAUAGUAUUACAAAACCAUGUCAACAACGUUCCCUCCCUUAAAGUGGAUUUUUAUCGUUCUUUUACAAAAAAGUAGCAGAAUGAUGUUCUUCUAACUUCAAAGGAAGUGCACGUUCCCAAAGUUUAAUAAUUACCAGACCCGCUGUUGAGCUUGGAAUGCUGAGUUUCUGGCUCUUAAAUACCAACCUAGAAACACAGGGCGCAUCCAGAGUUUAAGUCUGGGGGGGAGUGGUAAUAUUUGAGACUAUUUUUGUUAAUAAUAUAUUUUAGUACCUACAAAAAGUUGGGUGUUUAAAAAUUCUUGGGGGUAGUUACCCCCAUUACUCACCCCGUAUAUGUACCCCUGUCUAGAAAUGAUAUUUUUCCACCUCAUCAUUACCGUUUCUACACUGUUGCCACAUACUGACCUACACAUUCAUUCUCAUAAUGUUUUGCACAUUAUUUAAAAUUGCUAUACCUAUUGUAUUAUACGAGCCCUAACACAAAAAUGUUCGGACAUCAACUGAUUUUUCGUAAAAGUUUGAAAAUUUUCUUAAGGGAUUCAAUAUCAUAUUUUUCAUUUAUAAGACAUAAUAUGUAUUGUUUUACAUCAUAUUUAUCAUAUUGUUUUUAAAUAAACUGAUAUUGAUCAAUAAAACUAAGCUAAUGUUGAUAAUAAUGCAUAUUUAUUGACACAUAAAUGUUCGGACAAAUCACAUCAAUAGCUGGUUGCAUCUCCAUUUGCCUUAAUAACAGCAUUUAUUCUAUCAGGCAUAGUUUUAACAAGGUUUUCACAAUCUUCCGCGGUAAAAGAAUAUUUUGGAAGUUCAGAAAUCAGAAAUGUUGCGCUGUGGAUCAUUUCUUAAUUGCUGCUUCAUAUUGUGCCAUAUAUUUUCGAUUAUAUUUAGAUCAGGGCUGCUAGAGGGCCAGUCAAGGACGCAAAUAUUGUUGUCUUGCAGCCACUUUCUUGUGGUCUUGGCUGUAUGGCAGGAGGCUCCAUCUUGUUGAAAAGUAAAGUUUCCAUCAGGUGAUAAAAUUGGAAUUGACACUAACAAAUUGGUUUCGAGAAUGUUCUGAUAUUUUUCUGCGUUUACAAUUCCGUCUAUAAAGUGCAGUUUUCCAACACUGAAACCAGGCAUGCUUCCCCAUACCAUAACACCUGAUGGAAAUUUUAUUUUUCUCUUUAGGCAGUCUUUGGGAAAGGCUUCAUUUUUGUUUCUUAUAACACGUGAUCGAUGGUCACCCACGCAAACAUCUAAUUUUGAUUCAUGGCUAAAAAUGAUUCUUUUCCAGUCUUCAAAAGUCCACAUUGCCCGUUCCUUUGCCCACGCUAAUCGUCUUUUCUUUUGUUUUUCCGUCAGGAACGGCUUUUCUUUUGCCUAAACCAAUGAUUUCACUGCAUAAAUAUGAGAUUUCCCUUAAACGUAACCUACGUACCUUAUAAAAAUGUAAACCAGACUUAUGGAUCCAACGACGACACGUUUCUUGUGAAACAUUUCCAAUUAUUUCUUCAUUCCAUUUUGCUGUUAUUUCCCUUACAGUACUUCGGCGAUCAGUUUUACAAAUCCGAACAAGAGAUCUUUGUAUUCGGGAAGUGACUUUGCGUGACCGACC